AUGCAAUUUUCUACUAUUCUAUCCACUCUAGCUUUAUCUGUCGCUACUGUCCUUGCUGAAGAGACUAACACUACUUCAAUUCCAGCCGAAGCCAUCAUCGGUUACAUGGCUUUAGGCUCCGAUAAAGAUGUUGGUAUCAUUCCAUUUGGUAACGCUACUUCCAAUGGUUUGAUGUUCAUUAAUACUACAAUUGCUAAGGAAGCUGCUUUAUCUAAGGAUUCUGAUUUAGCUAAGAGAGAAGCCGUUGCUGACGCUGACGCUUGGCAUUGGUUAGAACUGGAUUGGGGUCAACCUCUAUACAAGAGAGAUGCCAAUGCAGUUGCUGAUGCUGAUGCUUGGCAUUGGUUGGAACUUGACUGGGGUCAACCAUUAUAUAAGAGAGAAGCCGAGGCUGAAGCUGAUGCUUCUGCUUGGCAUUGGUUGGAAUUAGACUGGGGUCAACCAUUAUACUAA